AUGGCCGAGGGGAAGAAGAAAAGCGACAGCAAGGCCAGCGGUAAGAAGAUCACCCUUAAAAUGGCGAAGAACUGCCUGAUGGCAACCGUGGACGGUAAACAACGUCUGGACCUCAGUAACAAAGGCAUCUCCACUAUGCCCAAGUGCAUCCUGGAGCUGCGUGGCGUGGAGGAGCUGGACCUCAGCCGGAACUUGCUCACAGAGGUCCCCGACUUCAUCGGCAAGUUCGUCAACCUCCACUUUCUGGAUCUGCACAGCAACUAUUUAGAUCGCGUCUCUGCAGCCAUCGGGCGUCUGCAGAACCUGGUGAACUUGAACCUUUGCAACAACCGCCUGACGCCCUCCUCCCUCCCCGGUGAGCUGGGCCUGCUGGGGAAGCUCCGAAAGCUGAACCUGGGCCUCAACCAGCUCGACACGCUGCCCACCGCCAUAGGCGCCCUCAAGGAGCUGCGGCAAAUCGGGCUCUUCGACAACCGGCUCACGCGCUACCCAGGCUGCCUCCUCAAGCUCCACCAUCUGGAGAGGGUGAACAUCCAGGGUAACCCCAUCCUGCCAGAGCGCCCCCCGGACCCGGGUCCCGUCAGGAGGGUGGAGUGCCUCUGUCUGGUCAGGGAGAGCUGCCUGUGCGGAGACUGCUUGAUGAAGUGUCAGAAGGAGAGGAAAAGACUGGAGGAGACCGCAAAGAUGAAGGCAGUCAAAUCCAAGCCGGUCUCGCCCGACUCGGUGGUCCGGCCCAGCCAAGAGACGUGGAGGAAGAGGCACGACUAG